AUGCCAGCUAAGUUCGAAAAGGGUUCCGAGAAGAAGGGUGCCAACCUCUUCAAGACCAGAUGUCUCCAGUGCCACACCACCGAGAAGGGUGGCCCAAACAAGGUUGGUCCUAACUUGCACGGUGUUUUCGGCAGACAGUCCGGUCAGGCUGAGGGCUUUUCUUACACUGACGCCAACAAGAAGAAGGGUGUUACCUGGACCGAGCAGACCAUGUCUGACUACCUUGAAAACCCCAAGAAGUACAUUCCAGGCACCAAGAUGGCCUUUGGUGGUUUGAAGAAGCCUAAGGACAGAAACGACUUGAUCACCUACUUGACCAAGGCCUGUAAAGACUAG